CUAUGGCGGACUAAUGUUGGAGCCGCCUGACUGUGGCUGGGAGUGUGUGAUCCAGAAAGCAUGUGGCUCUCGCACCAGAGCCUACCGCUGCUGCUGCUAACGACCCAGCGCAGCGGUGGCCCCUGGUUAGGCCGCCACAAGGACGCCUGCCAUGCCCCGGCUUCCCCCCUGUUCUCGUCGCCUUGGCUGUGUGCGCUGUCGUCCGCCAGCCUACAGAACUGCUCUGGUCGCUCAAGGCACAUGGCAAGCCAUGGAGGUGAGUCGUCACCACGACCGGCCUGGGAGCGGAGCACUUCACCACUUGGUACCAACCGGUACCUGCGAGGCCUGCGGUGGAUGCCCAUUCCAUUGGGGCUUGGUUUUGCCUGCCUGGCUUACCUGAGAAGCCUACGCAGCGGUCGAGGGGGCGAAGACAGCAGUCCACAGCCCGUCGCCUCUGGCCUCCAAGUGUCCUUCUACCGGAUGCUGCCCCUGCGCAUGGCCUCUCGGUGGUGGGGCUGGGCCAAUGACAUAGAGCUGCCUGUGUGGCUUCGCGCACCAGUGUUGGGCCUCUUUGCGUGGGCCUUCAGGUGCGACGUGCAUGAGGCAGAAGUCGAAGACUUGCGGCAGUAUCGAAACCUGGGGGAGUUCUUCCGACGCUCCCUCAAGCCAGGUCUUCGACCUCUCUGUCCAGGCGACUGCGUGGUUAGCCCAGCCGAUGGCACCGUUCUACAUUUUGGUCGCAUUGAGAAAGGUUUUGCAGAGCAGGUGAAAGGCAUCACCUACUCACUACCAAGGUUCCUCGGGCCUCACCCCUGGGAUCCACACUGUCUACACACAAAUGGUGAGGAGGAGUAUCACCAGAAGCUUCUCCAGCAAAAGGACACAGAUUUGUAUCACUGCGUGGUGUACCUGGCUCCUGGUGAUUAUCACCGUUUUCACUCCCCCGUGCAGUGGGAGGUCCAGCACCGGAGGCAUUUUCCAGGCACUCUUCUGAGUGUGCGGCCCGGCGUAGUCAACUGGAUCGCCGGCCUGUUCAAUAUGAAUGAGCGUGUGGUCUACAUGGGUCGGUGGCGACAUGGAUUCUUCAGUAUGACUGCUGUUGGUGCUACCAAUGUCGGCUCCAUCAAGGUUUACUUCGAUAAUAACCUCGUGACCAACCGACGGAAGUACAAGAAGCACAACUUCAACGACCAGUGCUUCCAGUCCAACCACAACUCCGAGGGCAUCCACGUCGAGAAGGGCGAACCUUUCGGCGAGUUCAAUCUGGGAUCUACCAUCGUGCUCAUCUUUGAAGCACCGCGGGACUUCUCGCUUGAGCUCAAGGAAGGUCAGCGCAUCAAGUACGGUGAGCUUAUCUGCCGACAGUCCAGCAACAGCAGCUGCCAAGAAGCGCGGAGGACGUGAGCACACAGCUUUCGCGACUUCAUUCGUUGCUUUUUCUUCUUCAAUCCUCGUCAUAAUUGAAUUCCGUCUCAGUGAAAGAUUGCUGCGAGCACACUGCAAUCUUCGCAAGGCUGCCUGGAGGUACACAGGGGUGGCAAGAUGUUCUUUUUGCUGUUCUUACUGGUGCAGAGCCAGGGUCGCCCCAUCGUUGCACCGGUGUUGCAUGGAGUGGUGCAAGGAGGUUUGUGAAUGCCCAUCUUGUGUGUGGAUGCUUUAUGGGCUGCACAGGAACUACCAGCUCUAUUUGUCAUAUUGUAGCAUUUGGGGGUGUCAUUUGCACUGUUUGUGUCACUGACUUUUUUUUCCGUAUUGGAAAAAACGGCAACUGAGAUAAGUGCAGUUAUGUUUUUGGCGAAGCACAGCCUUCUUUUCAUUUCUUAUAUCACUUUAAUUGUGCAUGACCGAUCACAUGCACACUCAUUGCAUUGACCACGCAGAGCGCUUUCAUACGAGAUACCAGGGUUUAGCUGUUAUAGACGCAAAGUAGGUGUCGCAAUUAUACACACCACGAGAUACAUUGAUCAUACAGUGUUCAUACAGUGUUCUCGUUAUACAGUGGCAUACAGUGUUCAGCGUUAUACAGUGGCAUACAGUGGAUACAGCGUUAUACAGUGGCAUACAGUGUUAUACAGGCAUACAGUGUUCUUGUUAAAUUACGGUUGCAUGGUUUAAAUGACGUUUCACUCGGUGCUAUAGAAAUUUAUAAAAGUCUUGCUUCGAAUUCGUGUUGGUCAUGGUGUUGAUUGUCUUGCUACAUUUGAUUCACCCUUCAAUGACUGACGUUAGGUGUAUCCAUCUACUGUGUUAAGUUGAAUUAAUUUGAAGUAUUAAAAAAAAACUAUUGUGGUGUUUUAAUGUUGAUACAUAAUAUGGUGUAUGUUGAACGUGUUAGGACCAUGAAAGGACUUGUGGCUGUUGACACGGCAAGUUUGCUGUUUUCAUUUUUUUCUGCGAAACAGGCAUACACACAUUGAAACAAUGAUUACUGUUGCACUGCAAAAGGGUCACUGUGUCGUAUUAGGAGGCUGAAAACUAAAUAACAUAAGUGUAGGUGUGAGAUCUUAGUGUAUAAUAUGUAACCUGCUUCACAGCAGGGAGGAGAGUCAGUCUUAAAAGCCGUAGUGACGUGCACAGAUAGCCUCUUCUUCAGUUUCAUCAUAGUCGUGCAAUAUUUGGAAACAGGAAGUUAACACUUCUUCAGCAUGAUUGCUUGUAUACAACCCGGUUCAGUCGAUGUUCAUUAAAGAGUGCCACAUUCUUUCGGCUAGCAUUCCACGAAAGAACUUUCCCACUUACAUCUUCAGCUGAUGCUGCCAACGGAAGGUUCGUCGUCUUCAGUGCCAAGGAAUAUAGAGUUCAGUUUUCUUUGCACUACGUAACAAUUGUUUGAGAUCGCCGGUUUCUUAUUCUUGCACUACACACAAGCCAGGUAGAACAGUUUCCAUUCAUGAGGUGUGACACAGAUAAGGAUGUGAUGACAAGGCUUUUUGGUUACUCUUUCUAUAGAUCCCUCACUGUAAUCCUUUGUUUUUGCUUUGCUAAAUCGUUGAUACAAAAUGACAGGAGAAGGGACAAUCUCUCAACUGUCUGUGAUAUACCAGUUUUGAGAUCUGAACCUGCUGGCUGCAGUGAAUGGUUCAGGAACUUUCUUUUUUUAAUUGUUAUUAUCUUGAUAUGUACUACGACACUUUCUGUUUCACUGUGUGUUCUUUAUUUUAUAGUUUCACUUUUAUAGUUUCACUAACUUUUGCUUUGGUAGCAUACUAUCUUUGUACUAUAUGCUAUGUGCAAUUUAACAGCUGUAGGGCUUUUUUCACUGCAAAUUUUUUAUUAGUUUUAUUUUUAGCCCAGUCUACAGAAUUUAGGUCUUUUUUUCUUUGCACUUUCUUUCUCUCUAUAUAUAUAUAAUAUAGGUUUAUGUGCAAAAGGCAUAGUUAGGGUCGUCCUUUCUCUGCAUUUCUCAAGUAUCAUCGUAAUAGUGGUAUUUGACACAUCAAUAGGGUUGGACAUUGACAGCGCCACAGUGCGGUGAAGAGCAGGAGAAAUAGAACAAGUAAAAAAUACAGAACUCACUCCACCAUUGUCAUACAUGGUGACGGACAAACGACUGAAAAAAAGUAACCAGAGUGCAGUGUCGCUGUGUUUUUUAAUUUAAGUGUGAUUUGAUAUGAACGAAGUGCUAUGAGCUCAUGACUACGACGAUAGUUGUACUAACGUGGUCCACAGUACUUUACCAUGGAUCGCGAUUUUUCAGGGUGAUAUGUGUAAGUGCGGUUGUCCAGCACUUUGGCAUCAUAAUUACUUUUCGUGCCACUUGUAUACACUUCCAUGCAACCUUCCAUGAUUUUAUCUCCUGUACCAUUUCUACUCACCCUAUUGACUAACUUUUUCUAAGAUAGAAUCUGCUGGCUGUAGGCAGUUGUCAGUGAUUUAGCUAACGCGUGCUUGUGCAGCUUUUGAACUGUUCUUUUGAGAAAGAAUGAUUCCGGCUUAUUUCUUUUUAUUACGGCUUAUCGUAUGUACGUGAAAGGAAUAGUCAUUUACCCAGUUGUAGCAAAAUUUCACUGUGGCCAGAGUUCUGCUUCCUCGGAAUUGUUUUUUUAUGUAAUGUGAGCAGUUUCACAUUUAAAAGUGCAGUGUUUUAAGCAAAUGUUGUAUCGAUACAAUCCUUCACACUUUAAAUCACCAUGAAAUAGAAUCAAAGAUGCUACUCAGUCAAGAGCUUAUUAUCGUCUUGCUAACAAUGCGCGUAAGUAUGCAGUUGUUUGUCCUUUUUCUUUCGGUUUGUGUUGAAUUUUUUUUAAGCUUGCCAGUUUAAUGUGCAAAGCCUGAAGUUCAUUUCGUGUACUUGCCGUUGCUUUUCAGACCUGUUUGUGUGCUUAUUGGCUGUUGCAAAUCCUUGUUGCUUCUCCAGGUCAUGUUUCAAUAGUUUAGUCCGGUUGCAAUUUGUUUUUUUUUCUCGUUAAAUGUAUGUUUGCCUUACACGUUUUAGUGUUUCAAAAAAUCUGUUGGUCGAGAGAAAAGCCAAUAUCUUUUGUGAUCAUAUUGAUUGGAGGUAGAGGAGAGCGAUAGCUCCUGUUUUCUUAAUUAUUUUGACUCCAGAAAGUUGGAAGCAGUAUGCAAACUCAGCUCGAGCCAUGGCAGUGCUUCACCAGCACUUCUUAAAUAUUCCUCAACUCAAACCUAAGGAUCAGUCUCCUUCGGUGUCUGCACAGAGGUGUUGCAGGAUGGCAACUGUUUUUAAGUAGAUGCUCAUUGCAGGAAUGUCCGUGGAAUGCUUCCAAAAUAUGUCAAUUACUACUUCAAUAUCGUGGCAAAUCUACAACUAACUUCAGAAAAUCUAGGCAGUUUAUUCUGUGGUGGCAUCGUUCAAGAAUACAGUGAAAAUAUUGCAUAUCGAGCUUGUACUAUGUUUUUACUAUGUUAAACGCAUUAAGACCAAACCAGCUUAGAAAAAAAAGCUAGACGGAUUUCAUUUUUUGUUGUGGUUUGAGACCAGUCAAAGCCAAAGCAUAUCGACUUCCUGUUUGUUGUCAUCAUUGUAGCAUUUCUUAUUCCAAUAUAGUUACUGUGAGUCAAAAGAAAAUGUCAGCUGGUCUUUCUGUUGGAAUGUUGGUGUUGUGAUCGUUAUGCUUAGGUUUGUCUAUAGUUGCAGGAUCGAAUUUGUUGAAGCGCUGACAUUGUUUUAGAAACUGUGAUGCAGCCCAUCGGAUUGUGUGCUCCAGGGAUGUGUGUUUUCACAGACUAUCCUGCAAGAAUCUCAAGGUGACUUGUGAAGCAGGGUGUCAUGUUAAGUUCGUUUUCUUGAAGGGCAUUUUUAGAAUAAUUUAAGGGUAGGUUCGCACUUGUCAAAAAUAAAGGAGGCAUGCCUUUUGUUUGCUACCACAUUGCUUCUGUUGGCGUGCUCCGAAAAAGAUGUUUUCGAAAGGUGCACGACAAAACCAGCUCUCAGUUUUAUUUAGGUCUUGUAACAAUGGUACA